AUGGCCAAUUCGGCAGAUCAGGUCUUUCAUACUCUCGAGCUUGCACAGCAGAUUGUAUAUGAGCUGGAGUUGAAGGAUUUGUUCAGAGCUCUACCUAUCACGAAGCGUCUAUGGGAAAGCAGAGUACCGGACUAUGUCUGGGCAGAACAUCUCGAACGACUAGGAUACCCCAGCCACGUCAUGCGAGAAACGUCACAAUCUCUUCGGACGAGUUAUCUUUGCAUAUCUCAAUCAGUCGAUGCCAUCGCCCGUGGUGUUAGUCCUGUAUCCACCAUAGAUAAAAUUGGCAUGAAGCGACAGAAACCCUUUAUCAAUGCAAGUUGCGAGAAGGAUAUGGUGCCGCCGCUUGUAUGCCAGUCAUCAUCGUCUGACUUCACGACGUGCGACAUUUAUACUCUGGACUGCGGAGAACUACGUCUGUUACAUGCUGACAAAGCCAUGGCGCCCAAGUGCCUCGCCUUCAACGGCGCUUCUGUUAUGGGUUGGGAGCCUGAGCAUUAUAUCGUUGUUCGCAAGCUUGAAGAUUGGUCUUUGAUGUCCCGCUUUGAGAACAAUAUUCUUCUCAAUGUUGAUGCUGGCUCUACAGAGUGGGAAGUUUAUGAGGACUUCAUCAUCAGUCAUUAUAGUUUCCGACCAGAGGGAGCUGAUCAACGGCAUAUUAUGGUGGAGUUUUGGGAUGACCAGGGCUCCAAGCGCGGUGAGGUAGUUUUUCCAACAGGAGGGAGCAUAAAUUACUACUCAUACAUGGGCAACCACUAUGUGACAAUUUCAAGUCGGUGGCUUAUCCAGUCUUGGAAUCUCAAAAGCUUAGAGCUCGACUACGAAUACGCUAUAUCAGAGGAUGAGCAGAAUGAUGGACUAUACAUCGUCAUAAGGGAAGGCAUCAUCUUCCAGUGGAAUAUCUCAAAUCCAGAAUCUCGAAAACUGGAUUACUGGGCCGCGGACGGCAGACACGUCACCAGGAAGCUUGCAUCGAUGAUUCUCAAAUUCGACCCUGACUGGGGACGUAUAUUCUCAGACGGAAGCAGGGUGACAUGGCGCAGCUGGCUCACCCUCUACGACAACGAAGGAGAAGUAGUGAAACGCUCCGAUCUGAAGAACAACCUACGAGCUGGAGAUGCCCUCCGCGGCGGUAUCCUCUUCGAUCGGUUCUUCUUUAGCAUUUUCCAUUUUGAAGAGUCAAGCUGUGCGUCAUUGGUUGUCUAUUCGAAGACGGGAGAGGAACUGACCUCGAUGCUGUUGGAAAGGCAGGAUAGAUGGUAUACGUGGUUCGUUGAUAUCCUGGGACGUCUGGUAAUAGUAUAUGGAGAUGCUGAUGGGGGCUUGGAUGAGUUGGAGAUUGUAGAUUUUCGUGGGAUAUUGGUGUGA